AUGGCGAUGGAGGAGGGUGCCAUGGCGAAGGCAAAGCUGGUAGCGGCGGUGCUGGUGCUGGAGAUGCUCAUAGCGGGCUUCCACGUCGUGUCUAGGGCGGCGCUCGACAUGGGCGUCAGCAAGAUGGCGUUCGUCGUCUACAGGAAUGGCUCUGCCCUGCUUGUGAUUGCUCCUGUUGCCUACUUCCUCGAAAAGAAAGAUAGGCCACCCCUCACGUUACGUUUGACGAUUGACUUCUUCAUGUUGGCUGCAGUUGGGGUUACAUUCACACAGGGGCUUUAUAUUAUUGGUUUGUACUACUUGUCACCAACUUAUGUCUCUGUCAUCCAAAACUCUGUCCCUGCAAUCACAUUUGUGAUGGCUGCUGUUUUGAGGUUUGUUACUACUAUUUCGCCUUCUAAUUAA